AUGGGGAAAAUGCUGCAGAGUCUGUUCACCACUGUGCUGUCCGCAUCUGCCAACCGGGAGGUGUUUAUUGACUCAGUUGCAUCCCUCCUGAGGACACAUGACUUCGGUGGCCUGGACCUCUUCUUCUUGUACCCUGGACUAAGAGGCAGCCCCAUGUAUGACCGGUGGACUUUUCUCUUCUUAAUUGAAGAACUCCUGGUUGCCUUCAAGAAGGAGGCACGGCUCACCAUCCGUCCAAGGCUGCUGCUCUCUGCUGCUGUCUCUGGGGACCCAGACAUCGUCCAAACAGCUUAUGAUGCGUGCCGUCUAGGAAGACUCCUGGAUUUCAUCAGUGUCUUGUCUUGUGACUUACAUGGAAGCUGGGAAAAGAUCACAGGACAUAACAGCCCCCUGUUCUCUCUGCCUGGAGACUCCAAAUCUUUGGCAUAUGCCAUGAAUUCCUGGCGAAAGCUUGGGGCACCCCCAGAGAAGCUCCUCAUGGGGCUACCCACCUAUGGACAUCCCUUUCGCCUCCUCAGAGCCUCAAAGACUGGGCUGCAGGCCGAAGCUGUGGAACCUGCAUUUCCAGGGAAGUACAUCAAGCAAGCUGGCUUCUUGGCUUAUUAUGAGAUUUGCUACUUUGUCCAGAAAGUGAAGAAGCACUGGAUUGAUUAUCAGUAUAUCCCAUAUGCCUACAAGGGGAAGGAGUGGGUUGGCUAUGAUGAUGCCAUCAGCUUCAGUUACAAAGCAUUGUUCAUAAAGAGAGAACAUUUUGGGGGUGCCAUGGUGUGGACACUGGACCUGGAUGAUGUCAGGGGCACUUUCUAUGGUGUGGGCCCUUUCCCCCUUGUCUAUGUGUUGAAUAAUCUCCUGGUACAGGCUGAGUUCAGCUGAACUCCUUCACCAAAAUUUUGGCUCUCAUCUGCUAUGAAUUCUUCAGGAACCGACUCUGAAAGGCUGACUGUGACCAAGGCAUUGACCACUGAUUUGGGGAUUUUGUCCCCAGGGGAAGAGGCUAUGGCCACUGAGACCCAUAGAAAGUCUGAAAAUAUGGCCACAAUCCCCAGAGGUGGGCCUGUGACCCCUAUAAGGGAAACUAUGUCCUUUGGAAAGAGCACUGUAGCUCUAGAAGACCAUGACCCCUGCGGCCAUCAGUCUGUGACCCCUGCAAAGAUGACUAUCACUCCUAUGCAUCUUCAAACUGAGACCCCUGGAGAGAAGAUCAUACCCCUUAGAAGGAAGACUGUAGCCACUGAAAAGAUGACUAUCCGCUCUGGAAAGAUGACAGUCACCCAUGGGCAGACUAGGACUCUAAGAGGAGAGAAUUUGACUUCUGAGGAGAGCACUGACCCCCUGAUGGGUUACUUUGGUCUUCAGACGGAAGCUGAAAACAGGGUGCUGUCCUCUGGCCCUAUCAUCUAAUUCCCAGGAUGCACUCCUCUUUCUUUUGACACCUUUGUUCCCAUUGAUGGGAACCAUUCCUUUGUCAACUUAAUGGCCCUUCCAACAAUCCCUCUAUCUAAAAACUCUACUGUGGAUCAAGAAGCCUAAGCUCUGUUGGUGGGAGAAGCUGGGGAAAGUCCUUGUCUUUUCUUCUAGGUCACCUGACAGAAGCUGCCUGUGCCCAGCCAUUCAUAAAC